AUGGUCAAAGCCACACGCUCCUACGAAUGUCCUCGAUGUUCCCGCACGUUUGCUCGCUUAGAGCAUCUCCAGCGCCAUGAGCGGUCCCAUACCAAGGAGAAGCCCUAUCUCUGUGAUAAAUGCCCUAAAUCCUUUACGCGCAAAGAUCUUUUGGUUCGCCAUGAGCGUCUGGGUCACAGUUCACCAGGCCUUUCGACUCAAACUCCCUUGACGACUCCUCCAACCUCGAGCCGUCCGGGUUUCCAUGGCCUCACCGUGUUGGCGUCGGCCGUGGCGGACAGCCCAUUCCCCUCUGUAACUGCGGGGAAUCAAAAUCUCAUGCCCGCCCCUCACGGACCGUUUCAGGCCGACCCACCAACAGGGCCAACCAGCUUCAGCGAGCCUUUCGCAGGCUUUGGGGCGUCAGCUUCGUAUGACGGGGAUGAUUUCACGUCAUUUCUGGAUAGCAUUCCUAUGCCAAGUCACACAUAUUCCCCAAUUUACCAACCGCUCCCUCUAUUCCCGCCGUUGCACUUGGAGUCCGGAUCGGAGUAUCAUUCUACUCUGGUUAACGAGAGAGCUACAGAAGACAUUGGUACUCCAGCUAGCUCUGUACUUCCCCGUCAUGGUACGCAGUUACCAUCAUUGCAGCCCGAAGAAUCUCAUCCUCCGUACAAAACGCGCCCCCCAAAGGUCCCGAUUUCAGUUACAACGCAAUGUCGAGAUCGAAUUGUCCGCGAAUUGUUGGACUAUGCCAACGUUGUCCCAGAACAGUCAAUCCCUUCGCGUCAUGCGUUAUCACGAUGUCUGACAGGGUAUAUAACCGGAUAUCACGAUCAUUAUCCGUUCCUACAUAUCCCCACGUUGAACAUCGAAUCCCUUCCUCUACACCUAUUCCUCGCGAUGGCAGCUUUGGGGGCCCAAUAUUGCCGUGAGCGUGACACUAGCAUGAACCUAUUCCGCCUUGCAAAGGCCGUGACUUUAGAGCAUACUCGAAGAGACCUGCAGUGGGGUGAAAACAGCGACCUGUAUCCCAAAACCUCGUCCCGGGAUCAGCCGUCACAGAGUCAAGACAUUCUGGAAACGGUUCAAUCAUUGGUAAUUUUGAUCUCUGUGUCGUCGUGGUUCGAGCACAAUCCACCCCAUUACGAAGCGUUGUAUUUGCGGAGCUUUAUGGAAACACUCCUGCGAAAGGGCGGGCUGAAUGAAUUACCCGCACAAGAUGGAUCUUGGGAAAGCUGGAUCCGGAACGAAAGCGCAAAGCGAACGAAGUUGAUUGUUUUCUGUUUCUAUGGUAUCCAUACGAUUGUCUUCGAUAUCCCUUCUAUGAUUUUACCAGAAGAACUAGCCCUUGAUUUGCCAUGUACCGAAAAAGAAUGGAUGGCUCCUAAUGCUAGUCAAUGGCUGGAACAGAGGCAGCAGAGUCGAGCAAACCCCAAACUACAGGAUGCCUUGGCCUCCCUGUUCACCCGCACCCCUGGCGCCACAGAACAAUUAGAAGGCUUUACAUCUCUGGGGGGCUACGUCCUGAUUCACGCGAUCAUCCAAAAUAUUUGGCUUAUACAAAAGGCAUGUCGACUUCCCGUCUCCGGCAGUAAUUCGUUAUCGCCAGCCCAGAUUACAUCCCUGGAGCAGGCACUGGAAAAUUGGUGCCAAUGCUGGGAGCGUAAUCAAGAAUCUUCAAUUGACCCGUUUAACCCUAAUGGGCCGUUAUCGUUCACGUCCACGGCUCUACUCAGGCUGGCUUACAUCCGCCUGAAUGCUGAUUUCAGCUCAGCGCGCCGUCUCCAGACCUGGGACCCAGAUCAAAUCGCUCGUUCUCUUCGCGAAAAUCUCUCUGUGCAGCGAAGUGACCGUCUGACACGAGCCGCACUGCACUGUGCCCAUGCACUCAGCACCCCCAUCAAACUGGGAAUCAACUAUGUUGCAAGAACCUUGGUGGUUUCGUGGUCGAAUCAAUAUGCCCUGUGCUCACUCGAAUGUGCCGUGCUGCUUGCCAAAUGGCUGGAAGUGGCAACGGUUGCGAAUCCCCAGCCCAAGUUGACCGAACAAGAAACCAAGCUCCUGGAAUUUGUCAUCGAGAUGGUGAUGGAAGCGCAGCAGGGGGUGUCGCGAGCAUGGCUGCUGGCCAACCACACUCGUUUGAGCGCGAGCAUAACGCGACUUUGGGCUCGGUUAUUUACUGCGGACUAUAUUUACGAGCUGGUGAACUUGAUCGGGCGAUCCUUGAAUCGCUAUGCGGAUAUUCUUGAUGGGGCAGACAGACCUUGA